AGGGCGGGAGGGGCAGGAGGAGGAGGAGCCGGUCCUUCGGGGGAGGGGGCCAUGACGGCCCCCGUGAAGAAACGGAAGAUGAACUUCUCGGAGAUGGAGGUGGAGAUCAUCGUGGAGGAGCUGGAGCGCCAGAAGCACCUGCUCGUCAACCACUUCAACGCGGGCGUCCCGCUGGCCGCCAAGAGCGCGGCCUGGCAGGACAUCCUCCGGAGGGUCAACGCCGUGACCACCUGCCGCCGCGAGCUGCCCGAGGUGAAGAAGAAGUGGUCCGACCUGAAGACCGAGGUGCGGAGGAAGGUGGCCCAGGUGCGGGCCGCCGUGGACGGCCACGACGGCGACCACCACGGCCACGACGGCCACCACGGCGACCACGACGACGGCAGGCCCGGGCCCGGCCUGGCCCCGGUCCUGCUCACCCCCAUGCAGCAGCGCAUCUGCAACCUGCUGGGCGAGGCCACCAUCAUCACCCUGCCCGCCACCGACAACGGCACCGCGGAGCUCCACCCCGUCACCCUCGGGGCCAACGCCACCGUCACCCUCACUCAGAUUCCCGCCGAGGCCACCUACCACGCUUUGGAGGACGGAGUGGUGGAGUACUGCACGACGGAGGCCCCCUCCACGGUCACGGCCGAGGCCCCGGUGGAGAUGCUGGCCCACCCGGCCGACGUGGCCAUCAAGCCCCAGGAGCUCAAGAGCCGCAUCGCCCUCAACUCCGCCAAGCUGCUGCAGGAGCAGCGCGUCACCAACCUCCACGUGAAGGAGAUCGCCCAGCACCUGGAGCAACAGAACGACCUCCUGCAGAUGAUCCGCCGCUCCCAGGAGGUGCAGGCGUGUGCCCAGGAGCGCCAAGCCCAGGCCAUGGAAGGGACCCAGGCGGCCCUGAGCGCGCUCAUCCAGGUCCUCCGUCCGAUGAUCAAAGAUUUCCGCCGUUACCUGCAGAGCAACACGCCCAGCUCCGCCACGCCUUCCGAUCCCGGACAGAUGACCCAGAAUGGGCAACAGGACAGCAUCAUCCAGUGACCCCGGAGGGCGGCCGAGAUGGGACUCUACUCUGAAUGGAUGAAGGCAGGGCAGGGCAUCCUCCACCGGGCCCCGGGCAGGUUUGCGGGUGUGCAGGCUCCGGGAGCAACUUCUCAUUUCGGAGGAACUCGGUGCCUUUGGCACGAACCCUGCAUUUGGAGUGACGGCGGGGCUGGGGAUGUAGGACUGCUAGUUGGAACGAGAAUCUCUUCCCCCCACCCCCUUCUCCACCCCUCCCGCUCCCUGCCCUGUCCCGGAGCCGGAAGCUUGGCUGGUCAUUUUGUUUCCGAGCUGGGGGGGAGCGGGCCCAGCUGUGAUGGAAGUGGCAAGAGCCGACCUGCGGUCUGAUCUCUCUCCCGGUACAAAGGUUCUAAUUGGAGAGAACGCAGGCAAGUGCUCGUGCCAGGCUACUCCAACCUAACAGGCCACCACUGUGAACGCCGAUGCUGGAUUUAAUGCAGUAACAUCUCUGCCUCUCCAGGGACUGAUGUCAGUAGGUCCGAGGCUGAAAUUCCCUCCCCUUCUCCCUCCUGCUUGUGCCUGGGCUUCUGGGCUAAUGCAUUCAAUGCCGCAAAGGUUGAGUCUGUCUAUAUUUUCUCUUCUCUUCUCUUCUCUUCUCUUCUCUUCUCUU